CCCUUAUUCUAACCAAUAGAAAAUAUUUUGAAAGAACACUUUAAGGCUAAUAACCGUAACGUUAAGUUCUGAAACAACCUAAUGAUAUGUGAAAGUUCAAAACAACAACUGGGUGGAUGACAUAAAUAGAGAAGAGAUUAGAAUGCUGGUAGUUGUGCAGCUUUGUUUAUUCACGGUCUAGUGAGAUGUCUGCAACUCUGGAUAUCUUGUUGUGGAAUGCAAAUGCUUGUAUUUUUCAAAGGGCUUCUUGGACAUAUUAGGUUUCCAAAACUUGUGAAUAUCAUUUCAAUGUUUUUAACUACUUUUGGGUAAUCAUGGAGAAUUAUUGGAAUGCAUUAUUUCUUUUACACUUGCCAGAAGAUAUUGCAUGACCUUUGUGGCUGAUGUGGCAUAAAUGGAAGGAGAAGUUCAUGUGCAAAUUCUCCAAGUAUAUCCAACAUUUGCAGGGGAUUGACCACACUAUGCCAAUGGUGAACCCAAAUCCUCCCCAUCGUUCAACCAUAUGUUAUAGGCCCAUACAACCAGCUGACCUUGAGAUCUUGGAGCAAAUCCAUACUGAUUUAUUUCCCAUCAGGUAUGAGUCCGAGUUUUUUCAAAAUGUAGUAAAUGGACAUGAUAUUGUGUCAUGGGCAGCUGUUGAUCGAAGUCGUCCAAAUGGUCAAAGUGAUGAACUUAUUGGAUUUGUAACUGCUCGAAUUGUCCUUGCAAAAGAAAGUGAGAUAGGGGAUUUGCUCAAUUACGACCCAUCAAAACCAGAUCAGACCUUAGUCUACAUUCUGACGCUAGGAGUUGUAGAAUCUUUCAGAAAUCUUGGCAUAGCUUCUGCACUUAUUCGUGAGGUCAUAAAAUAUGCCUCAAGUAUUCCGACCUGCAGGGCAGUUUACCUGCAUGUCAUUUCUUACAAUAAUCCUGCAAUCCUUUUGUACAAGAAAAUGUCAUUCAAGUGUGUAAGAAGAUUGCAAGACUUUUACUUGAUCAAUGGUCAGCAUUAUGAUUCUUAUCUGUUUGUUUACUAUGUAAACGGCGGUAGAUCUCCUUGCUCACCAUUAGAGUUUGUUACAGCGACACUGAAUCACAUGAGGAAUGGUUUAAAGUUGGUGUUUGGAAGACUCCGGAAGAAUGAAGAUAGGAAGUUGGUCUCAAAAUGGUCGAAAUGUAAAGAGAGCCAUUGCCUUAUAACAACAACACAAAGCAGGAAAAACCUGACAGCAGAAUGUACAGGGUAUGAAUGUGUUUGAUUUGUGUUUAUAUUGGUAAGGAUUUCGUUGGUUGGAUUCAAUCUGUAUCAGCAGACAAAGAUAGAGAUAUAGACAGAGAGAACCAAAUAGAAAGAGAUGGUCUGCAGAGAGAAUAAAGAUAGGCUGAUGUAAGAUGAAGUAAAACUCCUAUUUGCUGCCUUGUUCUCCCUCUGUGUAUAUCAUUAUUUGAUGCAACCAUACCAAUGAUACCCUUGCCUUGGAAUAACGUCUGAAUGUAAUAAACGUUGUUAACAGCACCCAAUAUAUAAAGAUAACACCUGUGUUUGUUCAUUCGA